AUGGAAGAUGUACUAACAGAACAACCACCUCCUUCAAGGUUCUUCUUAGAAGAUCUCAAUAACUUCACCCCACCUUCACCUCCCCUCCCAUCCCCCUUCUUAUUCCUCUCUUCUCCAAAUUCCAAAACUACCCUCCAACCCUCUCUCCUAAUCAUCGCCCUUUCUCCCCCAUCUCUCUCCUUACUCCACCACCUAUCCUCAAAAACCCUAAUCGGAACCCUAAUUCUACCCGAAAUCUCCCCCUCAGGAAACACCAUCACCCCAUCUCCAAAAGACAAAUCUUGCAACUUAUACGCCAUUAAUGACUCCAUAAUCCUUGCAAACUUCCAGUACUCAGUUCCUUCAGAAAGAACACACGCAAUUGCCAAAACCCUAAUUGGCGAACAUAUUCUUCCCAAAAGGGUUUUGAUUCUUGAUUCGAUUCAAAGGCGUAACUUUCGUGGAAGAAUCUCAACAGAUGAUACAUUUGCAAUGAAGCUAGAGACAACAGCUGAAAGAAAAGGAGCUCCAUUGUUGAAAAGCUUGGACUAUUUGCCCUCGGGAAGUGUUGUUGAAGGGUUGGGUGCUGCUUUGUUGGGACGGUGCCAGAUGAAGGGUAUAAAGGGAAUUUUGUGUGUGACAUGGCCGGAGGUUGGUGGCUCUGUUACAUCAGUGGUUAAAAGUUUAUUGCUUAAAGAUGUUUUCAAGGGAAUGGAAGUUAGAUUUGAUGAUAAUGGUGAAGAUGAAGGGUUGAAGUUUGGUCUUAAGAAUCAUUACUUUGAUUCUGAGUUAUACACUUAG